AUGCUUUUCCGUAAACAAAUCGACGGCGGCCUCACUACUCCCGUAGUCCAACGGGGCCGCCUUGAUCCUCUAUGGGCAGACGUCCUCGGCGAUCUCAAAGUUCUUGUGGACGAAGAGUCUAAAAUGGUCGUGAGGGUACCGAGAACACACGCGUACGCGGGCCAGUACCAAUGUGCCUGCGAAUCCACAGACACCGCCAAAACACUUGUCCUCUCCUCCCCGACGGCGUUUGAGAGCACCGAUUUUCUCACAGAGGCCAUUUUCCAACUCAACUACACAGUUGUGUACGAGGGGAAGGAGGUGUAUCAAGGAAGCGGUGCCAGUGGGGUAAUUGAGCUGGCCACCAGAGGUAUGGGCGGCUUCUUCCACAUGCUGGCUACUGGAGUCACCCUCGCGGACAACCUAAGGACCACGACUGAAUGGAGUGAAGACGGUGAACGAAAGAACUAUGAGACCGUGUACUCGCAGGAGGAAAGAGUGCAGCUUUAUCCCGGCGUCAAAGCCCUUUCCAAUUGGACGGAGUUGGUAAAUCGUGUGGAAACGCAGGCCGUCUAUCCUGAUGCUGAAGACAACGAGACAGUGAUUUAUCGAUGGAGUCUGCCCAGUCAAAUGCCCGGCUCGAAUAUCACCAAUGUGUUCCAUAUUGUUGGCAAGUUGUUUGUGCAACUUAUUAGCACAGGUGUGGGAAGGCAGGAGAAGGCCACAGCAUACUAA